UCCACGGUGAUAACAACAUGGCGGCGCCCAGUUCGGAGGAGCCCGGGAGGCGGUUGAGGCCAGGGAAAAACAGCCGGAUACUGUUGGUGCGGCAUCUGCCCGCCGUAUUGACGGCGUCGGAGAAGGAGGAUUUGCUGAGGCACUUCGGGGCCUCGUCCGUGCGGGUCCUCUCCGACCACGGGAGGCUGAAACACACGGCAUUUGCUACUUUUUCCAAUGAAAAUGCAGCUGCUCAGGCUUUAUCAAGAUUGCAUCAGCUGAACCUCCUAGGCCAUACUCUGGUAGUUGAAUAUGCCAAGGACCAAGACAGUGUUCAGCCACCUAGCCAGCCUUCUCUAUCUGAAAAGGACAAAAGUCUUGAAGAACCAGUGAAAGAAGAGAAGGAACGGAAAGAUCUAAGUUGCCUCAAAAUUGAAACUGGAAUUGCUCCCAGACAUGGGUUAACGUUUCCUAUAAAUUCUUGUCUUAAAUACCUGUAUCCCCCACCUUCAAGUACAAUCUUAGCCAACAUAGCCAAUGCCUUGGCAAGUGUGCCUAAGUUUUAUGUGCAGGUUUUGCAUCUUAUGAACAAAAUGAAUCUUCCACCUCCCUUUGGACCAAUUACUGCUCGACCUCCCAUGUAUGAAGAAUACAUCCCUUUACCGCCACCUAUUCCACCAUUGCCUCCUGAGGAGCCUCCUUUGCCAGAAGAAGAGGACAGUCAAGACUCAAGCAAAGAUGAGUCAGAAUAUGAAAGUGCAGAUGAAGAAGAAAAAGAAAGAUUUACAAAACUAAUGGAAUUAGCAACUCUUCAACCAAAACGACAGAUGCCAACUAAACAGCAUCGUGCAAGAAAAAGGAGAAAGAUAAAAGACUUACUAAAUGUCUCCCUGCCUGCUCCCCACAGUAAUUUGCACCCGGCGCUGUUGCCUUCAGACGUGUUUGAGCAGCCGCAGCCUGUUGGUCUAAAGAAAAUUGAAUUUCACAUUUCUGCAGACACUCCUGGCACUCUUCAGAAAAGCCUGGAGCACAUUGAUGAUGUUUAUGCAGCAGUUGAUGAAACAUCUAAUGCAGGAUUUGGAAAAAUCUUCCCUGCUCUCAGUUCCAAUCAUAAAGAGGAGAUGGAAGAAGAAGAUGAAGAUGAAAUACCUUCGGAAUUUGUUUCUAAAAGAGAGCUGGAAAAAGGCAGAGUCUCUAAAAAAGAAAUGGAAACGCUUUCUGUCUUCAAAAAUUAUGAGCCUGGUGAUCCAAACUGUAGAAUUUAUGUGAAGAAUCUAUCGAAACAAGUUCAGGAAAAAGACUUGAAGUUUAUUUUUGGAAGAUACAUUGACUUUUCGUCAGAAACUGAACGUAUAAUGUUUGAUAUACGCUUAAUGAAAGAAGGCCGCAUGAAAGGACAAGCUUUUAUUGGGCUUCCAAAUGAAAAAGCAGCUGCAAAAGCUUUAAAAGAAGUCAAUGGAUAUGCUUUGUUUGACAAACCUAUGGUGGUUCAAUUUGCUCGAUCAGCAAGACCAAAGCCAGAUUCCAAAGAAGAGAAGAGAAAAGAUAGAGGGAAGAAAAUCUGAAGAAACAUUCCUGCGUAAAUACUGCUGUAAAACUGUCAUGCAAAGUGUAUCCUUUCUUGUUGUAUCCUUUUUUUGUAUAUAUAUUUUUUCCUAGAAAAAAAGUCCUAACAUUCUUUUCUAGAAUUGCAUCAGGCAGUAAACUAGAACUGUAGUAACAUAAUUUGAUAUAAUGUUAGUGAGCCAAACUCCUUUUAUUUAGCAGGAUACCUAUGGAAGUUUUUACCCUUAAAAAAAACUUGCAAAAACUCCUUUAUUAAGCAGCACUAUUCUGGCUGCCAGACCUUCAGCAGGUGUAUAUUACUCUGCUUACGUCGGUAGAGUUUAAAUCCUGUAUACUCACUGAAGACCUGGCAUUGACUAUAUAUUGAAAUUAUAUUACAGCAUACAGGCCUCCAAUAUCAUCAUGUUCACAAGAGAAAAAUGAAAUCUGUGUUGUAAAAUAAUAUAUUCUGUUUCUUGAGUAGGGACCUAGAGUUAGGCUAUUUUUUAUAAAUAGCAAGCUAAACUGGCUAACCAAAACGGUAACGAUCUUGUUUCUUCCUAAAUUUGUCCUCAGACUAGUGCUCAGUUCUUUACACAAUACAGGAAAAUUUAGAGUUCUAGACAUGCUUUUAGACUUGCCCUUCUACAAACAGAAGCACUCUGUGCAUUUGUAAAAGGGAGUGCAAUCCAGAGGAAGCUUUUAGUGGAGAAGGCGAUGGUUUCCAAUUCCUUUUUCCCCACUUUUCUCCUCUGUACCUCCUAUCAUACUGUUGUAGAGCAUCAUCCAACAGCCCUCUGGAGUAGAUUUGUGGGGGAAGUCGGAAUCGGCAGAAAUCACCCCCUCCUCUCCCCCAGUGGGAGCAUCCUGUGAGUGGAGUUCCAUUCACAGGGACUUUGGAUCCAAUCUUUAGCUUUUUUAAAAAAAAAAUAUCCAAAGCUUUCAGCUUUUCCUUUGAGGAAUGUGUGUGUUUUUAAUGUGCCUUUAAAUCAUUCCAGGUUCGUUUUGAGUUCCAUGUCUUUCAAGUGUGUUCAAGCUGUGAGAAGAAGAUGCAUGGUCAGCUGGACUGUCGGAACAGUGCGUAAAUGUACUUCAAAUGCAAUGCAAUUCGCUGUUAACCUUAGGUGCAUAUGUGCUUUUAAACAACGAAGGCCUUCCAAUCCGUCACAUAGCUGUGAAAAAUGUUUCAAUUAAAGAUCUAAUAAAUUAUUCACUUUUGCAUUGGCUUCUGCUUAUUUU